AUGGGGACCUAUAUAAGCGGAGACGCGCCUUACCGCGUAACACGAUCCUAUAACACAAUCUCCACUGACAAACAACUCUUCAACAUGCGCUUCAUCGUGCAAUCGCUGCUCUUCUGCACUGGCCUUUCAUUGGCGCAGUACACGACCACCCCAGUCCCCAUCCUCAAGCAGAUUAACAGACACAACGAGGACGGAAGUUACAGUUACGGUUACGAAGCGGCAGACGGUUCCUACAAGAUCGAAUCGAAGUAUCCGACAGGCGAGGUCUACGGUAAGUACGGAUUCGUGGACGACACAGGGACAGUGCGCGAGGUUAAAUACGAUGCGGGCCAUCGAGGUUUCGAGCCAGCGGGUCCCGGGAUCAAUGUACCCCCCUCGACCUUGGCCGAAAACAGCGUCGGAGGUCAGAACGAGCCGGAGGAUGACGGGCAGUACCGCGAGGAUCCCUCAAUCUACUACACGGAUCCGAGGUACACCAAUGGUGAGAAAUACGAGAGACGUCCACCCUCGCCACCGGCACCCCCUCGUCAGGCUUACAAACAACCUGCUCUAGGGUACAACGCUCCGAGAUCUGGAUAUUCCACUUAUCAGCAGUACGAACCAGCGCAACGAGUGCAGCCCGCGGCGCAAUAUCCCGAGUACCAGAGGUACAAACAGCCCAGCAACAUCGACACCUCGUCCUACACCGUUCAAUAUCGAAAGAAAUGAGAAUAAAUCCCCCGCUCCCGCCGAACUACAAAAAUCCUGUAAAUAGUUUAAUUUAUCCCUCUGCUAAUAAUUAAUUAAUGAUUCACCCACUGAGAUGAAUAAAAACCCUUUGAAAAACUC